AUGGCCACGACCAAACCUCCCCACGAUCCGGUGAAAACGGUGGAGGGAAUGUUUAAUGGCUCCGUCACCCGCAUCGCCUAUGCCAUGAAAGAUCCCUUGAACUAUGCGCAAUCUACAAAAGCUAUUCUUGUCGAAACCGCGAAGAAGUUCCAAGAUGCGCUCGAUGACUGUGAAUUUCAGAUUCUCGAUGCCAAAUGGUAUCUUGAACAUCAACUCGCCUUGAACAAAGCGCGCCGAGAGGCCAAGGCAAGGGAGGACAAUGCAGCAAGUGCGAAAAGAAAACGUGAAGAAAUCAAAGAUGCGCAGGAAAAAGCGAAAGAAAGCGAGAGAGAAAAUGCGUCGAAACGCGUCAAAACAGUGGAGUCCGAAGACCCAUCCCAGUUACCACCCAACUCAAAUACCUCUUCGCAACAACAGUCUGUCACCGCUCCUAAUGCUGCAGCGAACGCAGCCCCGACACCUGCAGAGAAGCCGGCCGCUCCAAAUCCAUCAGACAAACCGAACGUAUCUGUGACAAUCGACCACAAGCCAUCUCAACCUCCAGCUCCGGCCUCUAAGCCACGAGACAAGCCACCUGAGGACGGGAAAGUUCCAGAAAGCACGUCGAUGCAAAAUUCCCGAGAUGACUGGCCCAAAGCCACUCCGCAAGAUACGCCAGCGACCGGAAAUGAAGAUUUCAAUUUUGUAUCAAUGUUUGGCGAACCAUCGGGUGAUGUGAUGGAUGGUGGAGGCAAUGAUAUGCACUUUGACCUCAAUCUAGGCGAAGGCUUUGACGCCGAUGGCACCACCAACCUGAAUGCUCAAGAUUCCUCUUUGAACUCAUUACUUCCCGGUCUGGAGCCAUAUGCGAGUCAAGCCGGGGACGAGAGCUUCAACCUGGGUGGCACUACAAAUAAUGGGACAGCCGGUGAUGGAGCUGGCGCCGCUGCAGGAGGAACCACCGAAAACAACAACGCUCAGCGGCCGACCGACGAUUUCAGUUUGCCAGCUCUGGGACCGAAUGAAUUCGAUGAUUUCCUCAACGCCAACGACAUGAAUUUCGACGAAACACUCAAUCUGGACGAUGGUAGCAUGAUGAAUAUGGAAAAUAUGGACGUUGAUUUUGACAGUAUGUUCAAAUAA